UUAUCGACAUAGCCGAGACACCUACGCUUUACCAUGAUCAAGGCCGUAGCACUCGCAGCCCUCGCGGCUCUCUUCGGCGCCGAUGCAUUCGUUUCGCCGGUGGCCACUAGCUUUUCCGGCAGCGCCGUUGCUCAGAGGCCCACCGCCUCCAGAGCUACGUCGAAGGCCAUGAAGAUGUCCUCGAACGAGGAAGUGUUCGUACCCGACAUGGACCGCCGCACUGCCAUGAACCUCAUCCUCGCGGGGUCCAUCGGCGUCAAUGUUCUCGGGCUGGCAGUGCCGUACAUCGCCUUCUUCGUGCCCCCCGGCGGCGGCGGCAGCGGGGGCGGUGUGACCGCGAAGGACGCCAUCGGGAACGAGGUUACCGUAGAGAGCUGGCUGGCGACCCACGGCGUGGGGUCCCGGGAACUGGCCGAGGGAAUCAAGGGUGACGCGACUUACCUGGUGGUAACGGAGGACAAGAAGGUUCAGGACUACGGUAUCGUGGCGGUGUGCACUCACUUGGGUUGCGUGGUGCCCUGGAACAAGGCGGAGAACAAGUUCAUGUGCCCGUGCCACGGCUCUCAGUACGAUCAGACCGGAAAGGUUAUUAGGGGGCCGGCACCUCUCUCCCUCGCCCUCUCGCACGUGGAGGAGGUCGACGGCAAGGUUAUCUUCAAGGAGUGGAAGGAGACGGACUUCCGCACCGGCGACAAGCCGUGGUGGUAGACCAGCUUUUUCUGUCUGCAUAAUUGUUUUGAUUCAACAAGUAUGACCACGCUGGCCUGAGCACGAUGUUGUAGCCGUUCUCGCUUUGGACGCUUGAGCUCAUGUUGAGAGGGCCGCAGCAUCCGGUAGGGGUGACCACGUUAUUGGCAGCACUGAUGCCACUGAUGCACAGUUAGUGAACGAUUUGUGUGCGGUACUAAAACUCGACAUGGUGUCGAUGAAAUCAAUCGAUGCGUACCCAGCGCGAUGGGCCUAGGAAAACACGGCGCACCGGCCUGUCGUCGAUAGUUGAGGAGUCCGUCGCGGUCAGGAGGUGUGUUUGCUGCCAAUGGCGUAGUGUCUUGUUUGUUGGGUGCGGCUUGUUCGAAAGGUGGCUUUAAUCGGGCUUGGUUUGCCUUUAAGUACAUUGCAAGCGGUUUUGGUCCCAAUUUGUUGGGCGUAUAGAGUAAAGCAUUUCUUGGGGUCUAGAAGGUGUUUUUUGGCGCUUGAGCGCGUAAAGAGGGAAGGCUUUGUAUCAAGAUUUUUGGCCGCCGCGGAGGUUUACAACACAAAAUCCUCUGUGUUCGUGCGAGAAUGCGAAUUAGAACAUCUGCCAGUUCGAGUUGGCACAAAACGGCCCAAUUAAAACUCCAUCCGAUUUGCUUGCGAGAUGGGGCAUGGGGCAGGGCCGGUUCGAAGAGAUCAAAUCACAACCAUAAAUUUUGUCCACACAAAGCUGCCAUUUCUUGGUUUUCGGAGGCCAGCACGACCCAUGUGGUCGUUGUAGACUGUCCUUGCCAAUUCAGACACUUUCAUCAG